AACAUCCCUCUGUAUACACCAGCAACAAAACUACAUUACACAGCCCAUUCUAAAUGUGUGAAACGAACCAUUUGGUGCUAAAAUGACAAAAAGAGACAUGCUAUUACUGAGGGUAAAGGUCAUCUCUAUAGUAACGGUGUAAUCGAGUCGACCACGGGGCCGCCAUUUUGAAUAACUCCUGCCAAUCACUGUGUGUUACUCUUCAAACUUUUCGUGCAAUAUUAUCCGCAGUAUGCGUUCCGCAGAAGGCGAUGGAGACUCAGAGGGACUCAGAAGAUGUCUCACGGUAGUCUGAAUACUCUGAUUGCGAUUUGGACUGGUUCGCAGUUUCGGCAAGCCGGCUCUUCGGAGGUUUUGGGCCGGUUGCGGUUGGAGAAAUGGCGGGCGAUUCUCGCGAACGGGCCACUAGCGGCGGUGGGAGGAGGGGCUCCGACAUGGUGAAGAAUCUGAUUUCUUCCGCUCAAGCGUUGGGCGCAGACACGCUGGAUCUCUCCAGAAGGCAGCUGACAAGCAUACCUGAUGAAAUCUUCCGCCUGCAAGACCUUGAGUACCUUUACCUGGAAGGAAACUACCUCUCUGAGAUACCCGACUACUUCUUCACGUACUUACCCAACCUGAAGUGGCUCGACCUGAGAAGAAACAGACUCAAACAUCUCCCAGCUACUGUGGGGAGCCACAGGUGCCUUAAAACUCUGCUACUAGAAGGGAAUGAAUUGACAUCAUUACCCUUGGAACUUGGCCAAGUAAUGACAUUGAAGGGCCUGAACCUGCGAGACAAUCCCCUGCAUGUUCCGCCGCCUGCUGUGAUGGAACAGGGCACGCUGGCGAUACUGCAGCACCUGAGAGACGCCAUGGAGGCUAGGAAGAGAGAGGACGCCCUGGCUAAAGGGGUUCUCAUUGAACAGCUGACACUGAAUGACAGCGACAGCGACAAUCAGUCCGAAGACGGCAACCAGUCGUCCGAACCCGAGCUGCGAGAUCUCGGCUCUGACAAAGUCCUCCCGAGUAGGGAGUCUUCUGUGUCCAAGGCUGGGCUGGCCAGACACAUGCACAUGCACGGUCCCACACCCAUGCCUGCAGCGCUGCACAAGCCAGCCAGCUACAGCGAGCUGAGACAGCAGCAGUACGAUAAGUUCAGGAGAGCCGGGCUGUUGGGGGAGGCCAAGAAGGGAAGGAAAAAGAAGCGGUCGACGUCGCCGCUGAUGAUCGACCUUCUGGACGCGAAGCGUGCGGAGGAGCGCCGCCUGGCAGCUCUGCGGGAACUGAAGGAGAAGCAGGCCCUCAUCGAGCAGCGCAGGAAGGACCAACAGUUGCUGAAAGACUGGAGAGACAAGGGCAAACGGAUGCAGAUGAGGCAGUUUCUCAGCUCUGUAAAGAAAGACCACAAGCCCCUGAAGAUGCCGUAUGGUGUGGACACUGCCCACAUGAAGAUGGUGGACAGGAAGGAGCGGAUGCAGGGAGACACCAAAGCCCAGCAGGACAGGAUCAACCAGAUACUAUCCAGGGAAGCCGCUGAAAGGGCCAAAACUGCCCGUGACAUAGAGUUGCAGAGGCGUAUCAAGGAGCACGCAGCCAAACUUCAGGACAGGCAGAAACACAAGGGAGACGCCAAGGAAGACCUGGAGCAGGCCAGGAAAGACCUGGAAAUUGCUGAGCAGCUGCACAGAGAGCUGGUCCGAGGAGGAACAGCGGACACCAAGCUGGAGUACCGCUUCCGCGCCUUCAACCCUGACCUUUCACCUACGACCACACCCAGGAUGUACCCUCCCCCUUACGAGAGCCUGGCGAAACCCAGGAGCACCAUUUCUAACACACAGUUCUGACAUAAGGAGCAACACGUAGUUCUGACUCAAACCAAGGAGCACGAUAUCCAACACACAAUUCUGACUUAAACCAAGGAGCACUAUCUCCAACCAUGGAGGUAGAAGAGAUAUCUUUUUUUACCUCCAUGCUCCAACACACAGUUCUGACAAUACAUGUAGGAUCCGAAUGACAUCCCACAUUCCAGAACAUACCUCAUUUCUUUCACCAAAUAUAGAUUGUGUAAAGUUAGACAGACUUUUACAUAUUCUUUGACAUACAGCAUUAUGUUUUAAAUUUUCUUUGUCACACAGCAUUAGAUUAUGUUAAAUUUACAUUUUCUUUCACACAGCAUUACUGGUACUUUUACAGUCUUUUUUGACACACAGCAUUACUUCACCUUGGUACUUAUACAGUACAGUACUGUAACUAUACUACACCUCAGUCACAGUGAUAGGCUAGGCUACACAUGUAGCCUCUAGGCUAAAAUGUUCUAUUUCUUCAAUCAGAUUUCUGUUUGUAUAACAAAAAGUUUUUUUAUAAACUGUAUUAUGUAUAUAAUAUUAUAAUU